AUGGCGAAGUGCUUGACGAUCCUCUUCUCUAUACCUGGAAGGCUAAGGCCCUCCAAUAUGCUUCUCGAUUUAGAAGCAGAGUUGAAUUCGCCACACCAAAUGAGGAGCCCCAGCCGGUCGAGGCACUGGCCUCGACUGUUCCAUGCAUUGGCAUUUUGCCUUAUUGCCACGAUUGUAUCCGCUGGCUAUGAGCCUUAUACCUAUGCGUCGCCCCCGCCGCCAACGCCGAAACAUGUAGAGCAUCCUCAUUAUCUUUACAGGUCCCCGCCACCGCCGAAACAUGAAGAACAUGAAGAGCAUCCACCUUAUCUCUAUAAGUCUCCGCCACCUCCCUCACCUUCCCCGCCGCCACCCUACAUCUAUAAGUCCCCACCACCGCCUUCUUCUUCCCCACCUCCUCCUUAUGUGUACAAGUCGCCACCGCCACCAUCACCAUCUCCUCCACCUCCAUAUGUUUACAAAUCACCUCCCCCACCAUCGCCUUCACCUCCACCUCCAUAUGUUUACAAGUCUCCACCACCACCUUCUCCUUCCCCACCUCCUCCAUACGUGUACAAGUCACCUCCACCACCUUCACCAUCUCCUCCACCUCCAUAUGUUUGCCAGUCCCCACCGCCGCCUUCUCCUUCACCACCCCCUCCAUAUGUUUAUAAAUCACCUCCACCACCAUCUCCAACUCCGCCACCGCCAUAUGUUUACAAGUCUCCACCACCACCUUCUCCAUCACCCCCUCCUCCUUAUGUAUAUAAAUCGCCGCCACCACCUUCACCAUCUCCACCACCACCUUAUGUUUACAAAUCUCCCCCACCGCCUUCUCCAUCCCCACCUCCUCCAUACAUAUAUAAAUCACCUCCACCACCAUCACCAUCACCUCCACCUCCCUAUGUCUACAAGUCUCCCCCACCACCAUCCCCUUCACCACCACCUCCUUAUGUGUAUAAAUCGCCACCACCGCCAUCGCCAUCACCUCCACCUCCCUAUGUCUACAAGUCACCUCCUCCACCAUCCCCUUCACCGCCGCCUCCUUAUGUUUACAAAUCUCCUCCACCACCAUCCCCAUCUCCCCCACCUCCAUAUGUUUACAAGUCCCCACCGCCGCCUUCACCUUCACCACCCCCUCCAUAUGUUUAUAAAUCACCUCCACCACCAUCUCCAUCUCCGCCACCGCCAUAUGUUUACAAGUCUCCACCACCACCUUCUCCAUCACCCCCUCCUCCUUAUGUCUAUAAAUCGCCGCCACCACCUUCACCAUCUCCACCACCACCUUAUGUUUACAAAUCUCCCCCACCGCCUUCUCCAUCACCACCUCCUCCAUACAUAUAUAAAUCACCUCCACCACCAUCACCAUCACCUCCACCUCCCUAUGUCUAUAAGUCUCCCCCACCACCAUCCCCUUCACCACCACCUCCUUAUGUGUAUAAAUCACCGCCGCCGCCAUCGCCAUCACCUCCACCUCCCUAUGUCUAUAAGUCACCUCCUCCACCAUCCCCUUCACCGCCGCCUCCUUAUGUUUACAAAUCUCCUCCACCACCAUCCCCAUCUCCCCCACUCCCGUAUGUCUAUAAGUCCCCCCCACCACCUUCACCCUUGCCACCUCCUCCAUAUGUGUACAAAUCACCUCCACCACCUUCACCAUCACCCCCUCCUCCUUACAUUUAUAAGUCGCCACCGCCACCAGUGAAGUCUCCCCCUCCUCCUUAUUACUAUAAAUCUCCUCCUCCACCUUCCCCAUCACCACCGCCUCCAUACAUCUAUAAGUCACCCCCACCUCCAGUGAAGUCGCCCCCUCCCCAUACUACUACAAGUCCCCGCCUCCACCCUCGCCAUCACCACCACCUCCUUAUAUCUACAAAUCACCACCACCUCCAGUAAAAUCACCUCCUCCUCCCUAUUACUACAAAUCUCCACCUCCACCUUCUUCAUCACCACCGCUGCCUUAUAUUUACAAGUCACCACCACCUCCGGUGAAGUCACCUCCUCCUCCACCAUACUAUUACAGUUCUCCUCCGCCUCCCAAGGGGUACUAUUAGGCGGCAAUUUGAUCCCCUCCAAAUGUUCAGGAAACUGGAGCAAGAAUAAUACCAUUCUUUGGCAAUCCGCUUUACAUGGAAGCAAUCAUUUUCAUUCUUUUCCACAUGUACUUUUCAAUUUGAUAAGUCUUAAGUGACAAUGAUUUUAUGAUUACUUCAAGCAACAAAGCAUGUCUGAAUUGAGUUUUAAUCCAUGUCUUUGACCUGUCAA